AUGCGGCAUCAUGCCACUACAUCACGAGCUAACGAAACGCCAUCAGAAAGGGAAGGGCGCCUUCAAGGUCUGCGUCACCAUGCCACAACAUUGAGAGCAAAUGAAACAUCAGAACAACGAGAAGCACGCAUGGAAGCCCAGCGUAUUCAAACAUCAUCAAGAAGAGCAGCAGAGAGGUCAGAGCAACAAGACUUGCGUCGUGAACAAAAUCGCAAUCGAAUGGCGGUUAAUCGUCGGAAUACUUGUGAUGCUUACGCACGUAUUGCAUUUAAUUACAGAACAGAUAUGGACUAUGCUAAUGAUAUAUUAGUGGAAAUUGGUCCCAUGAAUGUAGUUUGCCAAUAUUGUAAUGCACACAGGUACAAAAAUGAAGCUCCUGGAAUGUGUUGUUCAAACGGUAAAAUUGUUUUGCCAGAUAUGCUUCCACCACCAGAACCUUUAAAGUCACUGAUUUCAGGAACUAGCGAGGAUUCUCGAAAUUUUCUUAGUAACAUAAGAAAAUAUAAUUCGUGUUUUCAAAUGACAUCAUUCGGAGCUACUAAAGUAGUUCGAGAUAAUUACAUGCCAACAUUUCGUGUGCAAGGACAAAUAUAUCAUCUAAUGGGAUCAAUUUUGCCAAUUCCAAAUGAAGAGCCCAAGUUUCUUCAAAUUUAUUUCAUGGGACAGGCAGAUGAUAAUGUUCAGGUACAACAACGGCAGCAUUAUAACCCUGGAACAAAGCAACGUAUUGUAGCUGAAUUACAGGUAAUGUUUCAUGAAAACAACGAAUUAAUAAGGACCUUUAAGCAAGCCAAAGAUGACCCGCGAUUAUGUACAGAUGACCACGUCAUAGCGAUUCAUGCUGAUAAAACACCAGCUGGACAACACCAAGGACGUUACAAUGCACCCACAAUGGACGAUGUGGCAAUUCUAAUGACGUGA